UGAGCAAAAAGGGUUUGCUGGGCAAUAAGGUUUGGUGUCAAAGAAGGUAUUUUGUUAGUAAUGACUUGAAAAUCAAUCAACCCAGUUCUUCUUUUGCAGCUAAUCCUCUUAUUUGUAGCCUCUUCAUGGCAAACGUUCAGUUUUUUCUGUCCCUUCUCUGCUACAACUUUCUCCUCUCUUCCCCUGUUAGAGCCUCUGACAGUCUCCUUUCCCCAAAGGGUGUCAACUUUGAAGUGGCUGCUUUGAUGUUAGUGAAGAGCAAAAUGGUGGAUAAGUUCCUAGUGUUGAGUGGUUGGGACAUUAACUCUGUGGAUCCAUGUACUUGGAACAUGGUGGGUUGCUCUGCUGAGGGUUUUGUGGUCUCUCUUGAGAUGGCCAGCACGGGUUUAUCAGGAACGCUCUCACCCAGCAUUGGGUACCUGACUCACCUAAAAACAUUGCUGCUUCAGAACAAUCAGUUGUCUGGCCCUAUUCCGGUCGAGAUAGGAAAGCUGUCCCAGCUCCAAACUCUCGAUCUGUCGGGAAACCAAAUCGAUGGCGAAAUCCCGAGCUCCCUGGGCUACCUUACCCAUCUAACUUACCUGCGGUUGAAUCGAAACAAGUUAACGGGACAGAUUCCUAGCUUUGUCGCAAAUCUCACCGGUCUUUCUUUCCUGGAUUUAUCAUUCAACAACCUCAGUGGUCCCACCCCGAAAAUCCUAGCAAAGGGCUACAGUGUAAAAGGGAAUAGCUUCUUGUGCAAUCCACAGACUUGUGAAGGCGAUUCGAAACCUAUCAAUGGAACAGGAACAGGAACAACUGUGCCUCCAGGAAAAAGUAAUCGCAAGAGAUGGAUUAUUUCCCUUGCCGCGGGGGUUAGCUGCACGUUCGUCAUUUCUGUGGUGUUGAUAGUUUGUGGAAUCCAUUGGUACCGAUCACGUCUUCUCUUCACCUCAUAUGUACAACAAGAUUACGAGCUUGAAAUUGGGCAUCUGAAAAGGUUCCCCUUUCGGGAACUCCAAGCUGCCACAGGCAAUUUCAGCCCGAAGAACAUACUCGGGCAAGGAGGGUUUGGAGUUGUCUAUAAAGGGACUCUUCCAGACAAUACAAUGGUGGCAGUGAAACGGCUUAAGGACCCGAACUAUACGGGAGAGGUUCAGUUUCAGACUGAAGUUGAGAUGAUUGGAUUGGCCCUUCAUCGGAACCUAUUGCGUUUAUACGGUUUUUGCAUGACCCCCGAAGAGAGAUUGCUCAUCUACCCAUACAUGCCAAAUGGAAGUGUUGCCGAUCGCCUGAGAGACUCUUGCCGAGAGAGGCCUUCACUGGAUUGGAACAGAAGGACGCGUAUAGCUCUUGGGACGGCCCGUGGACUCUUGUACCUGCACGAGCAGUGCAACCCGAAGAUAAUCCACCGCGAUGUCAAAGCUGCGAACAUCCUGCUCGACGAGAGUUUCGAGGCAGUUGUGGGAGAUUUUGGCCUAGCAAAGCUUUUGGACCGGAGGGAUUCACAUGUCACCACAGCGGUACGUGGUACCGUGGGACACAUAGCCCCUGAGUAUCUCUCGACUGGGCAGUCCUCAGAAAAGACUGAUGUUUUUGGGUUCGGGAUACUGCUGUUGGAGCUAAUAACAGGGCAAAAGGCAUUAGAUGCAGGGAACGGGCAGAUUCAGAAAGGAAUGAUUCUUGAUUGGGUGAGGACUUUGCACGAAGAGAAAAGACUCGAGGUGAUCGUAGAUCGGGACCUCAGAGGCUGUUUUGAUGCACUGGAGCUUGAGAAGGUGGUCGAACUAGCUCUCCAAUGUACUCAAUCGCACCCCAACCUAAGGCCGAGGAUGUCAGAGAUCCUGAAGGUCUUGGAGUGUCUAGGACAGUUGGAAAACCUGGAGGAGCUGCAAGGCGGAGACAAUACCAAUGCCGAGGACCCAACGGCAUGCAGUUUCUCCCGUAAUUACAGCGACAACCAUGAAGGUUCUUCGUUCAUUAUCGAAGCUAUUGAACUUUCAGGACCUCGAUGAACAGUUACUAAAGCUACGACUUACUCAAUGCAACUGUAUAUAUUCAAGCAUUUGAUUUGCGCCGGAGUUUUAAGGGUUUAAAAAGAUGCAACUGCAUUUCUAAAUUCGGACAUAAAGUCUUAAGAGGAAACACAAAUACGAACAUAAAAUCGGUUAAAAAAAUUUUGAUUCAUCAGAUGUUGUCUCAGAGUUUUAUGUGA